GAAACAUUUUUUUUCUUAUGUCUCAGUGUGUGAAUAUGCAGUGAAUAUUAUUAUCAAAAUAUGCCACCGACGAAUGCACAAAGGACUUCGACGUCAGACGGCUCCGAUGAAGAACCUAUGUGUGGAGCAUGUGCUCGAUGGUGUACAAUGAGGAAUGUGUGGUUCCGAGUGCUUUUAGGGACAACUGUCAUGUCGGUGAUAACUCUUGGCAGUAUCCUCAUGGCAUGGUACAUAAUAAGCACUCGAGCAAGUGAUCCACCUACUGCUGACUGAUUCAGCUAUUACACAAAGCGUCAACAAUUUUCCAAACCAUUCAACUUCCUAGAAGAGCAUCCCUGCAAUGAUUGCAUCUGAGGUCUCCGCUGAGUUUGAAUGUUUGGAACGAAGUUUCAUA